AUGUCCUCAAUGAAUAUAAAAAAAAACAAUUCUCUUUCUUCCGCUCCACCACUUAAAACCCUUGCACCACAGAAAAAUAUUUCUCAACUUGAAAAUUUUGCUUUAAGUGCUUUGGCUCCUAGCAUGGCUGUUAUUUUUACUUUACCUUUUGACACUGUUAAAGUUAGGAUGCAACUUCAAGGUGAAGUCAAAUUUAUGAAAGAUUCUGCUGGUAAAACCGUUCGCGUUUCUGCUGACAAGGCUCAUUAUAGGAAAUUAUUAUGUGAAGACAGAAUUCAAGCAUUCGAUGAACAUCAAGAACUUGAUAUUGAGAUCCCUAAUAUAUCAUUUUUAUAA